AUGGCCUCAAAUAACGGCUCGGACGAUUUCGUCUUCGUGCCAAGCGAGCCGGGAAGCGAUAGACGCGUUGGCGCCAGCGCCGUCGCGCACGCACUCAUUUUCCAGCCUUUUGAGCUCAAUGCCAUUGGGAGCUCGGGUGCCAUAGACAUCAAUCUCGAAUACUCACUUCUCGAAUCCCCACCGGGCACUGGCGAGGCCGAAAUCCUUCUGCAAGGUCUGGGCAGUGGCGCUGAGCUCAGUCAUGUGGGUCAUGCAGCAGCUACGGAUACGAUCGAGCUCGACGAUCAUGGUGACGCUGCCGCGUUCGGCCCGAACCGCUCCGGACCGCAACUAGGAACCGAGCAGACUCGGGAGUCACUCGGCUUAGACGGCCUACCCAUUUUCCCUGGGACCUACGGACAACCAUCGCUAUAUCCGGAAUCGGACUUCCGAGCAACUUCAACACCAAGUAGUAGUACGCAAUCAUCGGGUGUUAGCACGACACCAGUGUCAAGUGACGAUGCCAGCCAGCAAUCCACUCCGUCGUAUCUCCCCAUUGCAGCACGAUCCACACCGGAAGAGGAUACCGCGAGCGUCAUAAACAAUGUAGCCCGCGGGAUCUGCAGCAAGGUAUGGGUUGUCCCAAAGAAAAAGCGCAAAAGAAGGAAACCGGCCAAUCCGAACGGAAUUCCCGAUAGUGCUAAGAAGAGGCCGCCGCUGAAACGACGCCCUUUUCAAAAUGAAGAACAGCGUACCGAGACGGCGCUAACGAGAGAGCUAAGGUCCUGCUGUAUUCCUAACGCCUCCGACCGCGAAGGACAAUGCCUGACCUGUUCUCGGGUUACCGUUCCCAUCCUCUGCAAGCUGCCUUGCCUUCGUUGGAUCAUCACCGACUCGUCGCUGUACCGAGAGCAGAGCAAGCCGUACCAGAUGUUUUCCACGAGGUGGCAGAGUAUGGACCUGGUCGACAUUACCGGCUGGGCAUCCAACGAGAUAAGAACCAUUCGUGUGUCCCAAAUCUAUCUCAAUGCGCCGUACGAGGUCCAAGUCAGGGAAUUCUUGCCCGUCGAGGGCGACAUGCUUGAGGAGAAAUGGACAAGUAAUGGCGUCGUCAAGACUCAUAGAGUCCCCCGUUACGCUUUCGCCGAUAUGAAAAACUCGGCCAAGGUUCUCCAAGCGUUCAUUCAACAAAGCGUCGGCGUCUACAUCAGCGGUACCGUAGGGGACUCCGAUGAGCUCAUCUGGCAAACGUACUUCUUUGCCUUCAGGCACUCACGUAAUGCAAACACACCUGAAGAGAGAGAUCUCUUGAUCAAUGCUUUUCGCUUUUGGGUUGCAUGUCGCAUGACCAGCAAUCCUGAGCAUAUUAUCGGCGAGGACAAGCUUGGGGGCGACUUUGUCAACGACCCAUCCAGCGUGUUCCAUAAUCGUGUUCCCUUGCCUGUUAUCAUGGUUGCCCAGAUGGAGUGCAUCAUGUACAGCACGGUACUUCGGCCGGUUCAUAAGAAGCUUCUUGACCAGCUCAACUCCCUCGUCAAGCACAAUAAACGCCAAUACUGGCUAACAAUCUAUCUGGCAAUUUUCAUUCUGCUUCAUAGCUGCGCCAUGAUAUCGCGGCGGGAUUGGGAGACUGCUAGGCAGUACAGCCUUCAGGAGGCAUACUGCAAUCACGAAAGCAUAUCUAAGCACCAAAUGGGGGUGAACGUGAUGCUAGCUCAUUUCCACUACCUCAACAAAGGCGUGCACCCCUUCAAGCUGACGUACAACGCCGAAGGCCUCCGCGAGUUGUCCAAGGCCGCAGACCUAGACGCCGACCAAGUUGGCUUAGUCAGACUGACCUCCAGUCUAAUCAACGAUCCGCGAAGAGUGGCUGAAUUCCAAAGUGUGAGGACGAGGCUGGACUGGAACCACGACUUGUAUUGGAUUGCGCAGCUCUACGAUGAGAACUGGGUGCCUGGCCCAACCGCCUGA